GAUAGCCUGUUUCUCCACAUCUGAGCUCAAGUCUCCAUCAAUUAACUGUAAGAGCCGAGAACAGGACGAUAUCCGACUCUGGCCCCUCCGCUCUCUUCCCCCCCUUUUGUCAUUGUUGUUCUCCUUUUUAUUUUUUAUUGUUUUUUAUCCUUUUUUUUAAUUUUGGUGUCACACACAACCCCGGAUUGAAUUACGCAUUGCACCUUUAAGAAGCUGUCACCGGGAUUAGGUUUACGCGGAGUGAGCCAAGUCGCACAGCGGGGGGUUUACGCGCCGUCGCUGUCCAGGGGAGGCUCUCAUCGGCGACGUUUCUCCCUCUCCGUCUCUCUUCCUCUUUCCUCCUCGCUGGUUCCUGACGCUGUCGCCCCUGGGGGAGCCGUCCUGUACGCCGCGAGACAUGGCCGAGAUGGGGAAAGGGGUCACCGCCGGGAAACUGGCCAGCAACGUCCAGAAGCGCCUCACCCGAGCGCAGGAGAAGGUCUUGCAGAAGCUCGGCAAAGCGGACGAGACCCGAGAUGCUGCCUUCGAGGAGAUGGUGGCAAACUUCAACAAGCAAAUGACAGAAGGCAGCAAACUGCAAAAAGACUUGAAAGCCUACGUGACAGCAGUGAAAACUCUGCACGAUGCAUCGCGGCACCUGCAGGACUGUCUGGCCGAAAUGUACGAGCCCGACUGGUUUGGCAAAGAGGAGAUGGACUCGUUGGCAGAGGACACAGACACUCUGUGGUUAGACUACCACCAGAACAUCACGGAUAAAUCCGUGACCAGCAUGGACAUGUACCUGACUCAGUUUCCUGAUAUCAAGGCUCGUAUAGCAAAGCGCGACAGGAAGAUGGUGGACUUUGACAGCGCCAGGCAUCACUUCGCCUCCUUACAGAAAGGGAAGAAGAAGGACGAGGCCAAGAUCGCCAAGGCAGAAGAAGAGCUGGGUCGAGCCCAAAAGAUUUUCGAAGAGCUGAACGUGGAAUUACAAGACGAGCUUCCUGCACUGUGGGACAAUCGUGUUGGCGUCUAUGUUAACACAUUCCAGAGCCUGGCAGGUCAGCAGGAGAAGUUCCACAGAGAAAUGAGCAAGCUCAGCCAAAACCUGAACGACAUCAUGACCAAACUGGAGGAGCAGCGGCAGCUCAAAAAAGACGAAACUGCAGCAGAAAAGACAGUCGAGGGUGCGAAGAGUGACGAGGCCAACCACAGCGAAUCGCCCAGCUCACCACCAAAGAGGCCCGGCCCUCCUCCCAGUCGGCCUCCCCCGAGACCGUCGCCGUCUCCGGACCAGGUCCGGUCGCACGCCGGCCUGUUUGAAGACGAGGCCCCAGUCCCCGACACAAACGCAGACUCCGCCGGGACGAAAGCAACAGAGCAGCAGUGUGAGCCAUGGUCAGGGGCCUGCCUGCUGGACUGGGAUGUGGAGGUAUUACAGCCUGUCACAUUUCCAGCUCCCAAGAAUGCUGUGACCAAUGGCUCCGAAGGCGAACUCCCUGCUGGAUUCCUCUACAAGGUUAAGGCGAUACACGAUUACUCUGCCACUGACGGUGAUGAGCUGGAACUGACGAUCGGAGACGUUGUGCUGGUUCUGGCCUUUGACAACCCGGAUGAACAGGACGAUGGCUGGCUCAUGGGCAUGCAGGAAUCUCAGUGGUUGCAGAAGAAGGAGGCUUCCGCCAAAGGUGUUUUCCCUGAAAAUUUUACUCAGAAGGUUUGAGCUUCCAGACGCCUAAAGAUUCAGCCCCCCCCCCCGCAAAAAAAAUCCUCAGAUGUGUUAUCUGAGAAAGUCAAAUUAAAUGUCCAUCUCCGCAGCAAUAUGUAUUGGUACUGCAUGAUUAGAAAUCUGAACUGAUAUACACGGACAGCUCGAUGACGAAUGACACCAGAUGAUUUGUGUGUGCGGCUGAAAGCGGUGUUGGUUUGUACUAACCUGUGGAAUCAUCGCAGAUUUCUUUGAAAUGCCUUUAUGAAAAACGUAUUAAACAAAUGUUAAAGUGAAACAAGACAGAGAGACAAGAGGUGGGUUUGGCCCCAGUUAUCAAAAAAUGUUUGAGAUGUCAAAUUAUACACACCAAAUGAAUAAUAAACUUUUUUUUUGUCCCUUU